AUGAGCUAUUUUGCCAGAGUAAACCUAUCACUCACUAGACGUUCACCAACCGGCCGAAAUGCUCAGAUGAACCGUUCAGGGCCUAAUGGACGUUCCUCAGGCGCUUUUCCUCCUGGAAUAUACGCCGAAAGCCCAAAGGGAUCGGCUUCAGCCAUGCUCGAACGCGUUAAGCCUUCGCAUCUAGCACCCCAUUGGAUCUCGUGGGAGUCUCUGGCGCUGACAGUUUCGAAAUUACCUACGGAUGUGAAUACUUACACCGUUUGGAAGUCGUUCAGUGCCUGUGGGACCGUAGACUUUGUCGAACUGUUUGAAAACGCCAAAGGAAACAGAGUAGGGAGGGCGCGGAUUCGCUUCAGACCGCCGCCAAAGGAAUCUUUCUGGAUGGACGGGCAACACGUAUUGGAACUAGACGAUGGCCAGCGUAUCGUCAUCUUAGUUCGCGUUGAGACUUUCAGACGGAAAAGGGAGGUCCCUAGCCCAGUGGACCCGAAGAUCAUGUAUCCUUUGACUGCCGAAGCUGUGGGUAGAUCCUUAGACGUCGGCUGCCGUUUUGGAGAACAGUCCAUGGUCAUAAUGAGAACAAUCAAUGCCAGUUUUCAAGACUAUGUUCGCUUCGUUACAGACUUAUACCGUCGGGAAAUAAAUAUCUAUUUUCAAAUGGUGAAGAUGGAAUCAAGCUUGGCCGACGAUGCACCGCAGAUCAUUCACAGUUACCGAAUUCGUGUUCCCUUUGCCCAUCUAUCACAUAUCAAACGUACAUCCGAUGGCGAAGAGAUAUCUUUCAUCUUCUCAUUAGACUAUCCGCCUUCAUAUUACCGGAAAUUACAAGAUCCGUCGACAACUUUUUCAGAUUCCGACAACAUGUGGCGUUCGGAUGACACUUGGUACCGCCAAACUGAUAUUGUCCACAACCCCCAGGACUUGGUUCAUUCUAAAACCAGCCUUAAAAAGGCUCAUCCAAUCAUCAACAUAGGGCGCUGGACUACCUUCAGACUUACUUUCCAUCUAACGGACGAGAAUAAUACCCAGAAUCUGGAAACGCUUAGCAAGAUCUUAAGAGAUUUUAAUAUCGAAAUUCUAGACGCCCCUGACUUCGAGAUAACGAAACAGCCUCCCACAGCUGAUAUUGCGUGGCGAUGGAUUGAUCCUCCCACUCAUGCAUCCAAAUGGACUUCACCGCUAGAGGAUCUCGCAGAUAAUGAAUACAAGCAUAUCUCAUAUACCGUACGAUACCAGCUCGAAGUAUGUAUUUCUCAUGGGCUCCUGAGCGAAUAUACAAUCACCAAGGAGUUUGCCGAGCGUCUCCAAUCUCUUGGGGAAGAUGAUGCUAGGGAUUUGCUAGAACAUGUUUCUCGAGAAAAGGCUGUGUAUCACGACCCAAUGAAGAUAUUUGACAUUGAGUUCUUCUCAGGAGUCACCGGACGGAAAAUCCCAAAGAAUUGCUGUUAUAUGCGAUCCGCAACAGUGACGCCCUCCACGAUCUAUUUUCACACCCCUACCGUCGAUACCUCUAACCGUGUUUUAAGAUACUAUAUUGAGCAUGCAGACCGAUUCCUCCGUGUUCGAUUCGCAGAUGAGAAGUAUGAAGGGAGAAUCAAUUCCAGCUACAACAAUUGCAUGGAUGAACUGUUUACACGUGUGAAGCGGACGAUGACCAAUGGGAUUACUGUUGGAGAUAGGCACUAUGAAUUCCUCGCAUUUGGAAACUCUCAAUUCAGAGAACAUGGCGCAUAUUUUUUCGCGUCGUUGCCCACUCUUACUGCCGCCAACAUUCGUGCAUGGAUGGGCCAUUUCAGUGAUAUCAAAAUUGUUGCAAAGCACGCCGCUCGUUUAGGCCAGUGUUUCUCAGCAACCAAGGCGGUUACUGGUUGCCCAGUAAUCGUCCAAGAAAUCGAUGAGAUUGAGCGCAACGGGUACAUAUUCUCUGAUGGCGUCGGCCGCAUAUCUAAUUUCCUGGCACAAAUGAUUAGGACGGAGUUAAACAUACAGACCCCCUCUGACGAACCUCCGUCUGUGUUUCAGUUCCGACUUGGUGGUUGUAAAGGAAUUCUUACGGUCUCACCCGAGGCUCAGCAUCGAGAAGUUCAUAUCAGGAAGAGCCAGUACAAAUUUGCAGCAGUUCACAAUGGUCUUGAGGUGAUUAGACAUUCUAAAUUCGCGGGAGCGCAUCUUAACCGUCAGCUCAUUAUGGUUUUAUCCGCACUAGGAGUGACCGAUGAGAUUUUUCUCAAAAAGCUGCAUUUGGUACUCGAAGAUAUGCAAGAUGCAAUGACCAAUGAAUCAAAGGCAAUAACUUUACUUCAAAAGCGUGUUGACCCUAAUCAAAUGACCUUUUUACUCGCACAUAUGGUUAAUGAUGGGUUCCAGGCUUCCUGUGAGCCUUUCGUCAAAUCGUUAUUGGAAUUGUGGCGCGCAUGGGAUAUCAAAUACUUGAAAGAGAAGGCAAAGAUUCACAUAGAAAAAGGAGCAUGCUUACUCGGUUGUAUCGACGAGACCGCAACAUUGAAAGGCUACUAUGAGAAGGAGCGGCCUGCCUCCGAUGCCACAAUUGAGGAGAGACUAGACAAUCUCCCAGAAAUUUUUGUCCAGGUGUUCGAUACUGAAGAGGAGACGAAGUAUAAAAUAAUCGAAGGUCCGUGUAUCCUGGCGAGGAAUCCAUCACUGCAUCCAGGAGAUAUACGUGUGGUCAGAGCUGUCAACGUCCCGGCGCUUCAUCACCUAAAAGACGUUAUUGUAUUCCCACAAACAGGGGAUCGGGACGUCUCAAGCACAUGUUCGGGCGGUGAUCUAGACGGCGACGACUACAUCGUUAUCUGGGAUCCUGAUCUUAUUCCACUACCAAAAGAUUGGUUCUGUGAACCGAUGGACUAUACCGCAUCUAACGCUCAAAGCCUGACCCGUGAUGUUACUGUAAAUGACAUUACAUCAUUUUUCGUGACCUAUAUGAAGAAUGAUCACCUACCACAGAUAGCACAUUCGCACCUGGCCUUUGCAGACUAUGUGGAAGACGGAGUCAAUGAUGAAAGAUGCAUGCAACUGGCCCAACUGCACUCUGCUGCAGUUGACUAUAACAAAACCGGAAUCCCAGCUAAUAUGUCAAGAGACUUGAUUCCAAGAAAAUGGCCACAUUUCAUGGAAAAGAAUCAUAAACCCAAAGAGGCGCAAUAUUACUCUAGGAAGAUUCUCGGUCAAAUAUAUGACAUUGUUGAGCGCGUUGAAUUCCGGCCGAAGCUGGAAGCUCCGUUUGACAAGCGUAUCCUUAAUUCCCACAUCCCUGUCAGUGACGACUUGAUACAAAUUGCAAAGAAGAUGAAAGUUCUCUAUGACGCUGAUAUGCGUAGGAUCAUGGCACAGCAUGAAGUCAAAACCGAGUUUGAGGUUUGGUCUACCUUUGCCCUAGGACACGCGAAUAUGACCAAGGACUAUAGGUUCCACGAAGAGCUGGGCCAAAUCUCGUCUGGACUACGUAAUCGUUUUUUGAUGAUGUGCCAUGACGAGGCUGGUGGGCAUGAUUUCCAACAUCUUGCGCCUUUGGCAAUCGCAAUGUAUAGAGUGACGGCCGAAGAAGUGGCAGAGGCUCUAAGAGAAGAGAAAAUCUCCAAAGAAUCUGGCGGCAGUGCUGGCCCCCGAAAGGAACGUAAAUACCCCGGAGAUGAGCAAUUGCCGCUUAUCAGCUUUCCAUGGGUGCUCCAGCCCGUUCUUGGAAAAGUUGCCAACGGACACUUUGAUAAUAGAGGAAUGAUGGGCGGCGCAAGCAAAUUAGCAACGUGGUCAUCAGCAGCCUAUGAACAAUCAAAAAUUCGACGAGCCAAUGGUGUUUGUGAUGGUCCCCAUGAUAUUGAAACAGCCGGCGGUAUUCAGCAUGCAGGAGAAGUGCUUGAGCUCUUCCAGGAGAACUUGUGUUUUGAUCCCUUCGAGGGACUUGGAGAUGCCUUCGACCAACCAGCUAGCCCUGAUAACAAGCAAGUUGCCGAACAAGUUGAUGAGCAGAAAACUAGCACAGAACCUGAGGGAAUAACUCCGCUAUUGGACGAGCAACACUCCGAUAGCUUGAUUGAGUUGGACGAUGAGAUAUUCACCCCUGUGACGACAUAUACCAUACAAUCAACUAGCGGACGAGGAUCUGUCCCGAUCGAAGAGCAAUCGAGCUUGCUGGACCUCAGUGACGAUAACAUUCAAGUCUGGUUCCCGAAACAUGACAGCGCAGAACCGAAGCUUCAGACCACACUCUUAGAGCUAGAUGAUGACCAAGAAAACCAGCCUCCCCCAGAGAAAGAUAACCUGGUACCUUUAUUGCCUUUAUUCCUUGACGCCUUGCCAGAGGUAGACCAGACGAUCAAAGAUGAAGAAAUAGAGAUGAUGGAAGAGGAUGAUGUGGACCAGUCUGUGGUGAAACAGCUAGAGACGCUCCUUAACCUCUAA